AGCAAAAGUUUUACUGUGAAACGUCUAACCGGAAAUGCGUCUGUCUCAGGCCCACUCUAAGCUAACCCCGGCAACAUUUUUGACAACUUUUCACGAGAUGGAGCCCUCUACCGUGACGGCAGUUGUAUUGCUUGCCCUUCAGUUUGUGUUGGUACUAAGCUCUCACAAACACGAAGACCAUUUAGGACACCAGCUACAUUCCGAGCAUGACAUGAAUGUCCUGCUGGGGGAGAAGGACCCUGAGGAGUUAAAGAAACUCAGUCCAGAAGAGCAGAGAAAGAUGAUGUUGGAAAUUGUAAAGAAGAUUGACAAAAAUGCUGACAAACACCUAAGUGCAGAGGAGAUUGCUCUAUGGAUUCAGCAUGUGUAUCGAAAAUAUGCCCUGGAAGACGCAGAGGAGCGCUUUGCUGAAUUUGACACAGACAAAGACGGUGUAGUAUCAUGGGAGGAGUACAACAUGGCCGCUCAUGGCCAGCUGUUUAAUUUUGAUGAAAGUACCAUCCUGGAUGAUCCUGAGCAAGAGUCUCUGCGACAUCUCCACCUGAAGGAGAGGAGGCGCUUCAAUUUCGCUGACCUGGAUGGUACACCCGGCCUCAAUGUAACAGAGUUCUUGGCCUUCACUCACCCGUCUGAAAUGGACCACAUGGCUGAUUUUGCAAUUGAGGAUGUGCUGAGUGACUAUGACUUGGAUCAAGACGGACUGAUCAGUCUAAAGGAAUUUAUCGGUGAAGUUCGACGUGAAGAGGAUGCCCCUUCGCAGUGGGAGGUUGAGGAGACCGUGCGCUUCAAGGACUUGUACGAUCAAGACAAGGACGGCAAGUUAAAUCGAGAGGAGCAACUCCGCUGGAUUGCGCCCAACGGCUACGGCGCCGCUCAGGAAGAAGCUCUUCACCUCAUUAAAGAGAUGGACCAGGAUGGAGACGGGCAGAUCUCAGAGGCCGAAGUCUUGCAAAACCAAGAUAUUUUCAUGAACAGUGAAGUGACGGACUAUGGCAGACAUCUGCACUUGUCACAUGAUGAAUUAUAACUUUAAAAUCAGCAUUUUGUCAUUUGACCCCAAUUUCAAUCUGAAUUUGUAUUUACUUCAAGCAGCACAAGACUGCUGAGGAACUUUCUAAACUAGCAACACGCUGACCGGCUCAUUGGUUAUCGCAGGCGUGUGAAAAAGCGAAGUGGCAGUCUACUUGUGUUUGCUGCCCGCUGACACUCUUCCUCUUUUCACACAAACGAGCGGCAGUGCUCAGCGACGGCUCGUUUCCUGGACCGUUUCACUCGUGUCGAGCAGCCGCCUGUCAAACCCGCUGGUGUUCACUUCAGAGGCACAUUAAAAAGGUGAAAAGUAUCUCCAGAGAGGGAACCACUCAGCAUGGAGUUAGAGUUUAAGGAUGCCUUUUGGGUGAGCAUGUGCCAUGAUUUAGAUUAUUUUUUAAAUUUUGUUGUUAUGGGUUUGAGGCUCAGGUUGACUGUGGAGUUAGUUGGUCACGCUUUUAUAUUAAGUGUAAUGAUAGCCUCUGCACUGUUUAUUUUACCACCAGCAGCAUACAAGAUGCAGUGAAAAGAGAAUUCCGAAACCUGCUUUUCAAAACUGAUGUAAUCCGGUCAUGAAUGUUAGUUCUCUUUAUUAUGCAGCUCUGUUCAUGGCUUUCUAUACAGAUAUGUAGCACUGACAAAUGUCCAAAGGAAUUGUUAUAUUCUUUUUUUACAUUUUACAUUACAUUCUUGGAAGUACCUAUGAGAGGUGAGCUAAACACUUGGUUCAAUGUUGUAUUCUUUGUUAAUUAAGGCUACAUCAUUUGAAAGAAAGAAAAAAAAAAAGCAUUUCCCGGGUUUAAAAAUGAAAAAUGUUACUAAGCUACCGACGUAAACAUUGGUUUCUGUCUUGUCCAUGAGAUGAAUAAUAAAAUACAUACAACAUAAUUUGG